AAAAAAUCCUUGGACCUAUCAAAAAAACAGCCUGGGCAAAAUCAAAAUUCCUGCUACUAGUCAGUAAUCACCAUGGAAAGUACGAAUAAACAAAUAAUAGCCAAAAAAUUUUGUUUAUUUCAAAAAAUAUAUUAAAAAGAAAAAAAAACCACGGCGUUUCAUUUUUUUUUUCUCCCAUUAUUUUUAAUUAAUUAUUCCAGGCGAUGAGAUGAGAAAGAGGCAAUCAGGACCUGGCGAUGGCGUUUCGUGUCGGACCUUUCUAGGACUCUCCGAUAACCGUACCCGGACCCGCUAACACCCGGCGUCAGCUUUUGGACCGGCUUUUUCCUCUUCUCUUCCUCGGGCCACGGUUUUUGCUAAGGUUACUUCGAUGGUGACCGAUGAUCAUGUCACCAUGAACGGGAACGGGUUUAGUAAGAUGGAAGAAGAGUUCAUCAAGAGGUACCACAAACUCGAGGUUAAAGAAAAUCAGUGCAGCUCUUCGCUCGUUAAACACAUCAAAGCUCCUGUUCACCUGGUUUGGUCAUUAGUAAGGAGGUUUGACCAACCCCAGAAGUACAAACCAUUUGUUAGCAGGUGUGUUGUGCAGGGGGACCUUCAGGUUGGAAGUGUUAGAGAAGUAAAUGUUAAGUCAGGUUUGCCGGCGACAACUAGCACUGAAAGGUUAGAGUAUCUAGAUGAUGAUGAGCACAUCUUGAGCAUGACAAUUGUCGGAGGAGAUCACAGGUUGAAGAACUACUCAUCCAUUGUUACAGUCCAUCCUGAGGUCAUUGAUGGCAGACCAGGAACGUUGGUGAUCGAGUCUUUUGUGGUGGAUGUACCGGAUGGGAACACCAAGGACGAAACAUGCUACUUCGUUGAGGCACUGAUCAAGUGCAACCUCAAGUCAUUGGCUGAUGUUUCAGAGCGUUUGGCUGUUCAGGAUCGCACUGAGCCAAUCAAAAUAAUGUGAAUAAUCUGGGUCCCUCUUAGCAGCAUCAAGGUUGUUGUGUGUGAUGAGUGAAGAAAUGUUAUUAUUAGAAGCUGAGUAGACAGUUCGGGCUACCUUGGGUUAGAGUCAACUCCUAUUUUCUUAAUACUUCAUGCAUCUUCUUCUUACUAGAACAUUAUAAUUAGGUGUGUUGUGUUGAUAGUAGCUGACAAUUAAGCUACACCUUCGGCCUACAGAUUUCUUAAAUGAAGAAACAUUUCAGAAAUUUUCUUUGUGGCUUAUUCUAUGGUGAAUAAUGCGGUAUUGUAUUGGUAUCUAGUUGUAAAUAUCUUUGCACAAUGGAAAUUUUAUAGCUUUUCAUGUA